ACACUCCCCCUGUGAUUCGCGGGAAAAGUUAAAAAUGGCGGCGAAGGGAGUUUGAAGUUCAGCGUCAGCAGAGACACAGACGCCGAAGACACAGAGACACAGACCGUCUCCUUGACUGUGUGUUUGUCGGACAAAGCACCAGUCUUUCUGUGGAUUAGAGCACCGGACGGUGGAGGAUGUUCGAGGAUGCUGUUGAGGCCUUUUGUGGUCUGGAGCCUCAGUUGUCACCAGUAGACGAGACUGGUCACAGGGGUAAUGGCCAGGAGAAGGGGGAGGAGGAAGAGGAGGAGGAAAUGGAGGAGGGGUCCAGUCUGAGUGUGGGGCAGUUUGUCCUGUGUCAUUGGUCGGAUGGACUCUACUACCUGGGCAAAAUACAGAGGGUGAGCCCCCCCAGGCAGAGCUGCUUUGUGACCUUUGAGGACAACUCCAAGUUCUGGGUCCUCUGGAAGGACAUCCAACAUGCCGGAGUGCCGGGGGAGGAGCCUCGCUGCUCCGUGUGUCGGGGGGUGGAACCAACUACUGACAGCCUUUCAAACCAAAACCAUAUUCUCAUCUGUGGGAAGUGUGGUAUCGGGUUCCACCAACAAUGUCACAGUCCUUGUGUGGAGGGAAACAGCAUUUCUAGUCCCUGGUUCUGUAGACGCUGUGUAUUCGCUCUGGCUGUCAGGAAAGGUGGCGCUCUUAAAAAAGGUCCAAUUGCCAAAGCACUUUCCGCCAUGAAGCAGGUCCUUGUUUAUGACCUGGACUCCCUCGACUGGGACUCGCAGCAUCGGAACAAUCAGCAGCAGUGUUAUUGUUACUGUGGCGGCCCCGGAGAGUGGUACCUGAAGAUGCUGCAGUGCUUUAGGUGUAACCAGUGGUUCCAUGAAGCCUGCACCCAGUGUCUGCAGGAGUCGAUGAUGUUCGGUGACAGGUUUUACCUCUUCAUCUGUUCGGUGUGCAAUAAAGGAACAGAGUACGUCCGGCGUCUGUCCCUGAGGUGGGUCGACCUGGUUCACCUGGUUCUCUACAACUUGUCCGUCAGCAGCAAGAAGAAGUACUUUGAGCUGGAUGAAAUUCUCGCCUUUGUCUCGGCGAACUGGGACUGUCUGCAGCUCGGAAAGCUGUCUAACACUCCCCCACCAGAGAGGGGGCAGCACCUUCUGGAUGCUUUAAACAAAUACAAGAGCAAGUUUCUGUGUGGAAAGGAGAUAAAGAAGAGGAAGUGCAUCUUCCGACUGAGGACCAGAGUUCCUCCCAACCCUCCUUCCAAGCUCUUCCCUGAGCGUUCUGCAAACGAGGGAGGGAGGGGAAGCAAGAAAAGAGCGACACGAAACAGUUCGGCUGAAAGGAAGAAGAGGAAGUCCAAGUGGCUUUUGGAGGACGCCAUACCAAAUAACGAGUUGUCCUACAGCUGGACGUCCAACCACCACAUGGCCAACAUCUUUGAUUUUACUCUCGAUGAACUGCAGAGCCUGAAGAGUUCUUCCAGUAGAACAGUCAGCAUUGAUCAGGACUCCACUGAUGCCUCCACUUCCGGUUCUGCUACAACUAGCACCUCCUACCACUUUAGGAAGAGGGUGGGCAGCAGGAAGAGGAAGUUACCUAGCAACAGCUUCAACAAUUGGGCCAAUCACAGUGAAGCCGGGGAGGAACUCGGAGGGGAGGAGCUUUCUGGAAUCCUGGAGGAUAAAGAAGCUACAAACCAUGCUCAACUGCCAACAGACUCCUCCCACUUCCUUUCAGACUCCUCCCAGCUCCAAUCUGACUCCUCCCACCUCCAUUCCUCCAUCACUUCGUAUUUCGGAGUGGCUGGCAGACUGACCAACGGCGAAAAGUAUCAGGUGUUAGCGCGGCGUAUCACUCCUCAAGGUACAGUCCAGUACCUGCUGGAAUGGGAGGGGACAACACCAUAUUAGGUCAUUGGCAGAGAAACAAGGUUUGGGAUUUCCUGUGAUGCUUUGAUUCCUCUCCCUCCACUCAGUCCAAUCGCAUACAACUGGUUGGUUAAGUUCUUACGUACCAAAUACCUAAUGUAGUACUGUAUACACAGGACAGCCUCACCUGACUGAGCACGUAUUUCUGAAGUCACUCAUUUCAUGAAGGGUUAGAUUUCUAACCAGGGUUCGAAGAUCCAAGGUCUUCUUUUACAAUUUUUUAAAGAGAACUGUUCGUCAUGUUUUGUCAGCUAUUUAACUGUUCUACAUUCUUAUUAUGGUCCUUUUAAAUCCGUUACGUGCGAUGGCUUUUACAGUAAAGCCUAGUAGCUGGUGUACACCAGGGGUGUCAAACUUAUUUUGGUUCAGGGGCCAUUACAUGUCAAGAGAGCCAGAACAGUACAAUCAAACAUAAACCAAUAAGUUGAUGUUUGUCCCCUUUGUUUACAUGCAACUAAAUACCAGUAUAUUGUAAAAAA